AUGGCACAAGACGCAACAAAGCCCGCCAAGGGGUCCUCGCCCGUCAAGACUGGUUACUUGAUACUCUACAAUGCUCUCUCAGCCGUCCUCUGGGCCACCGUCCUCGGCCGCACUCUCGGCACCAACUUCAUCAGGGGUCCCGAGUUCGUCUACAUCUCAACGGGCAACUUCGUGCUGUGGACGCAGACACUCAUGAUUCUCGAUGUCUUGCAUGGCCUAUUCGGCAUCGUGCGCUCCGACCCCAUCACCGCCGCAAUGCAAGUUGCCUCCCGCUACGUCGCCGUCUGGGGCGUCCAGUACCCCUUCCCCGCGCUGUGCUCCUCGCCCAUCUACUCCUCGAUGCUGUUCGCGUGGUCCCUCACCGAGGUGAUCCGCUAUUCGUACCUGGGGCUCAAGCUCGCCGGUUGGGAGCCGUACCCGUUCUUCUGGGUUCGCUACAGCUCCUACCGCAUCUUGUACCCGAUCGGAAUUCUGAGCGAGAUGGGCAUGAUGUACCUCGCGCUGGGCCCGGCUGGUCAGAAGUACGGGCAGCUGUACCAACUGUACCUGCUUGCGUGCUUGUGUAUCAUCUGGCCGGCGGGUGCCUAUAUUUUGAUUGGACACAUGGAAAGACAGAGAAGAAAGGUUUUGAGAGCUGCGAAGGAGCAGAACGUGAAGGCUACCCAAUGA